CUAAAUCAUACCAAAUUGAUAUUUGGAUCGAAUUGAGUCGAAAUAAAUAUAUUUCAAUUCGAUUUUGGUCUUAUGAGUUAUUUUAAGUAUGAAAAAAAAUUAGGACCAAAAUUAAGUUUGGGCCAGAUAAAAUCUAAGCAAAUAUGGUCCUCAUUUUCCUUUGUUUUUGGUGCCUUUUCUUUUAAGUUUUACCCCUUCCAAAUAAAUCGAGAGUUACUAUUCGUCGCCCUAAAUUUUUAAAUUUCGUCGCCCUAAACCAUACAAUUUUACAAAACAACCCUUCAUUUAAUUUUAUGGUUCAACCACCUAGAAUUAAUGCUCCAACCAUCUAACCCAACCCAUUUAACUCUUUCUUCCAACACAAAACAGAAAUAUCAAACCAAAAAUUAAAACCAAACCACACAACAACAAAAUCCAACUACAAUCUUCUACAUUGAUAAAUUUUCGCCGGAUUCUGACGAGUUUGCCGGAGGUAGAGAAGUAGUCGGUCUCGAUCGUCAUAACAUGCAGGGACUCGGACUAAAGGUAAGAUUUCGUUUGCAAUUUUUUUUUCUUCUGGAAAACAAGUCGAGCAUGUUGAAAAUCUGCCUCGACCGGUGGUCAAACAUGUUGAAACCAUGCGUCAGCCAUGGAACGGACGCGUUGUCAACCUGCCCGUUCCAUCCUCCAGGAAUGCUCGCAACAUGCUCGUCCUCCUGUCUCGGCAUGUUUUCAACAUGCUCGACUCACGGUUCUUUCUUGUUUUUAACAUGCCCGUCCCUUGGUCUGGUCUAGUUUUGAACAUGCUCGAGUUAAUUUUGUGAUGUCAUGGACCUUUUUUAAUGAAAAUUCACAUAAAUUAUAAUAUUUAUGUUCAUUAAGUUUCGUUGUUAAUUGUGUUUAUUAGGAAGGAGGAUAAAAAUCUUGUGCCACCAUCAUUUACUAACAAGGAAACUAUUAUGGGUGAUUCGGUAAGUAGUUAUUUUUUAUAAUUUAAUUAUCGUAACAUAAUUGUUGCACAAGUAAAUGUUUUUACCUUGUAUUUCUUGUAGGGUGGAUCCGGAGUUAAUGAGGGUGACAAUGUUGAUUGCACAUCAUUGUUUCUAAGUGAUGUUUAUGAUGCCCAUGAUCAAGCUUGUAAAGCGGCAAAGGAGAUUGCCAUGAGUAAUAGUUUUUCCUUGAUAGUGGCAUCAGUCAAGAGAAACGUUGGAGAAGGCAAUCCGCGGAUCUAUAUGGAUUGCAACCAUGGUAGUAGGAGCAACUCAUAUACGUCUGAUCCCGCAAAGACAACACGGAGCAAAUCUACAACAGGCAAGUUAGAUUGUCGUUUCCGAGUGGUGGUGCAAUCCGUAAAAAUAGAUGGCAAUUGUAAGUGGAGAAUUCAUGGGAUUAAGUCGAGGGGAUUUCACAGUCACAGAUUGGAGGUUUACUCUGAGGGAAGCAGACAAAAGAAUGCUCUUUCGCAGGUGGAAAAAAUGAAUAUUAAGGAGUUGGAGGUAACACAUACUCAGGCGAAAGAUAUCAGAAGUUUGCUCAAUAUGAAGUACGAUGCUCAUCACAACAUGACUCAGAUUUAUAAUGAGACAGCAAAAAUUAGGCGUGAGUGAUUGGGUGGGUUGAAACCUAUGCGGUGGACAUUGAUAGAAGCUCAACGUCUUGGCUACUUUAUUGAGUGUGAAUUUGAUGAUCAACGUCGUGUUACUAGACUCUUCCUAUGCCAUCCUGAGUCGAUUCGGAUGUUGUUGGCAUGGUAUUUUGUUGUUUUGAUAGACUCGACGUACAAGACUAACAAGUAUAAGCAGCCACUGGUUCAGUUGAUUGGUGUUAGUCUGGUGAAGAAGAACUUCAACAUUGGGUUCGCAUUGAUUUACUGGGGCUCAUUGGGUCCGACUAGUUCUCGACAAUGUCGAUGGGGUGACACCAAUGCCAUAUUUUAGUCCACAAUGGACUCAUUUUUGGAAUAUGAGCACAAUUCCGCAUUGAGAUGAGUUAUACCAACAGGAGCAGGAAUUGUAUGCCAUGUGUGGAUUUAGGUGCAAUUAUCAAGGAUUGACAUUUUGUGUUAAAAUGUAUGUGGUUUUAGGUGGAAUUAAUCAAUGAUUUUGUGUUCAAAUUUAUGUGGAUUUAGUUGAAAUUAAUCAAUUGUGUUCACAAUUAUUGUUGCUGAAAAAAUAGACUAGGCGGGUUGAAAACCUGCCUGCACCACGGACCAAACAUUUUACCUACCCAUCUUCACCGUGGGUUGAGCAUGUUGCACACCCACCUGACGGAUGGUGCAGGAAUAUACCCUUCCAACACAGGCCGUGGACAAAGCAUGUUGUGAACCCGCCUUCCUGGAGGUGAGGGCAUAUAUCCUACCCGCCCUCCUGGAGGUCGAGCCAUAUUUUCUACCCUUCUAACCGCUGGUUGAGCCAUAUUCCCUACCCGCCCGAUGGUGCAAGUAAUUUUGUGUGAUCAUUAAAAAUUGUUGUUUGUUGUGUUUUUGUUAGAUAUAUAAGUAGUGGUUAAAAAUUUUAAUUAGUAAAUAAACACUCAAACAUAACACAUCCAAAUGUACCUUAAGAAAUAUUCAACAUCAAU